UAUAGUUUCAAUCUAACAGAUAACGCUCACACAACAAUUUGGCUGCUUUAGCUAUGCCAUAAACAUCUCCAAUAUUGGCCACAAAAUACACCAGCUAGUAGCUACUAUCAAAUUACUUGAAAAGAAAAUGGCUUUCAAGGCAACAUCUCUUUUAAUUCUUGUUCAUCUCAUAAUUAUUAGUAGUGUUUCAUGUCAUAAUGUACCAGCUUGUCCUCCAAAAGUUCCCUCCAUCCUGCCUCCCUCUGUCCCAAACAAGGCAGCCAAAUGUCCUCAGGACACCCUAAAGUUUGGGGUUUGUGGAAGCUGGUUAGGGUUGGUUCAUGAGGUGGUUGGGACUAAACCAAGCAAGGAAUGUUGUAGUUUAAUUAAAGGGGUUGCGGAUCUUGAAGCUGCAUUGUGUUUGUGUACGGCGAUAAAGAGCAAUGUUUUAGGAAUUGUUAAACUUCAAUUACCUGUGGCUAUUAGUUUAUUGCUCAGUGCUUGUGAGAAAAAGGUUCCUCAAGGCUUCCAGUGCGCAUAGCUGAUCUCAAUUUCGUUAAUUUUAUGUCAAUUAAAUUGCAUUUAUUUGAUGCAAUCUGUUAUUCCUACAUGGAUAUUGUUGUAAUUUAUCAAUAGGUUGGGUAAUUUAUCUUCCUGCUUUAGUUCUGUACUAGAUAUUAAGCCUGUUAUAACUAAUAUACUGAUUUUAAAUUCGCAGGUUAUUUGAGCUUAA